GUUGGCAAAACCGGAAACGAGGAGUUCCGAGAGAAAUUUUGACAACAAAAUCGAUUACAUGUUGGAGAAUAACUGACUGCUUGGUCAUAUCUUUAAUAAGAUUGCACUAGCAUCGUCCUACCAAAGAACUAAGGGUGAAAAUGACAGAGAACAUUUUUCUGUUUAUUCCAAAUAUCGUUGAUUACCUGCGGGUCAUCACAGCUUUUAUUUCCUUCUAUUACCUGCCAACAGACCCAUGGAGCGCCUCAUUUUGGUAUUUACUGAGUGGACUGUUAGAUGCCAUUGAUGGACACUUAGCCAGAAUGCUGGACCAAGGAAGUAAGCUUGGAGCCAUGUUGGACAUGCUAAUUGACCGCUGUGCCACCAUGUGUCUAAUGGCUGCACUGUGUCACUUCUACCCAAAGUACAUGUUGUUCUUCCAGUUUAGCAUGGCACUAGAUAUCACUAGUCAUUGGUUCCAUGUCCAAAGUUCUUUGAUGAAGGGAGGAGAAAGCCAUAAGAAGCUUGACUUGUCAGCCAAUCCAAUCCUUAAACAUUAUUAUCACAAUAGGAUAAUCCUUUUUGUUAUGUGCUCUGCCAAUGAGCUUUUCUUCUGUAUGUUGUACCUGACCUACUUCACUCCGGGGCCAACUUUGUUAGGGAUUGGGCUUUUCCAGGCCAUUCUUUACAUCAGUGCACCCCUGUCCUUUAUUAAGGCAGGAAUCAGCGUCCUACAGCUUAUAGCAGCAAGUAAGAACAUCGCUCUUAUAGACCAGAGUGAUAGAGAGGCUAGAAAGACCAAGUAAAGGGAACCAGGUUAAUAACAGCAAUAAAGGGAGGCAACUCAGCAUAAUUGUGUUUCUUCUAAGAAACAGAGGACAAUAUUCAUUGAUACUCGUCCAAUGUUUAUUUGUUGUAUGUUUUUUAUCUGUUAUAUAUAUUGUUUUUAAUGAAAUCAUUAGUAUAAUGUGUUUUAUUUUUAUUAGAGUUCAGACAAGUAUUGUAUAAAGCAUUGAGCAUGAAAUCCUUUUAUUGAUUUUUAAAGAGAUGAUUUUAUUUUUAUUUUACUUGUUUAACAUGACUUUCUUUUGGUUAUGUAAAUAAUUUGUUAUUGAAAGAAAAGAGCAGUUUUCAAGGAUGAAGAAAAAGAUGACAACUCAAUGAAUAUAACCUUGGUAUUCUAUCAUUGAAAACAUAUAGGAUUGGAUAUCUAGGUAUAUUUAAAAAAAAAAAAGAAGAGAUUUGUAAUUGACAGUCUGUAGAUGAUGAAGAAAUAUUUUCAUGCCAGAAUUGGCAGAAAAAAUGCCAUUCAAAGCAAGAUUAUUGUGUGUAUGUAUUCAACAAAUUUUGUUUGACUACCUGCAAUGUAUGCAAAAGGAUGAGUGGAUUAAAAGAAAUGGUUGGUAGAGAAGACUCCAGGGCCAGGGACAAUAAUAUUUAUUUUUUGAGUAUUCUAUAUUGAUCAAAUUUUUAUAGGAUAUGUCUGUUUUUUAACAAAGGGCAGAAACUUUGCACAAUCUUGUUUGAUUCUC